AUGGGAUCCGAGAAGAUGAUCGAAGUAAAAAUCGAUAUGGAAGAAGGAGAACCAUUAGGAGCAACUCCGAACGAUAAACUGGUCAUCACGAAGAUUCAGAGUGGAACUAUUUCCGAAGGGAAAUUGAGAGUCGGUGAUCAAGUGAAAAAGGUUAAUGACGUUGAUUGCAAAGAUGCCAACGACUUCUUUCGUGCCCUCCGUUAUGCGGCUCCGCUUGCUCGAAUUCUAGUUAACCGUGAUGAGAAAAAGGCAGAAGAGCUGGAGGCUCGUGUUCAUAUUCCAGAAGACCGUGCCAAGAUCAUUCAACGCCGUGAGGGAUAUGUCUAUGAGAUGGCGACAUUGGUUUGGGUGCAAAACGGACCGAAGCUCGGAUUGGGAAUCAAACAUUUCCAGAACCGAGUGCUCGUUUCGCGUGUCGAUCCAGGAUCGUUGGCAGAGAAAUGCUUAGUGCUUGGUGACCAUUUGUGUGACGUUGAUGGAGUCCCGGUCACUGACAAAGACGUUGCCCGUGAUUUGCUUGUCAAGAACAUUCAAGAAAAAGGAAAAGUUUCUUUUGUCGUCGAGAGACCAGACUCUAUCGAAGCCAAGCAAUGGGCGAAGAAUGCUUUGGCUGCCAAUAUUCUUACACCACCAUCAGUUACCAUGGCCGAUGACGUCCGUAGCAUUGCAGCAAAAUAUCGUCAAGCAUUGAAAGGUUUGAAGGGUCCAGAGAAGAGUGCCAUGACGACUGGUGGAGGACCAGGUGGUCGAAAAGUAUCUAUAGUCGAGGAGACAGCCACACACGAAAUUGGUCACGACCACGAAGGAAAAGCUCUUCGCAAAGUGAAAUAA